UCUAAGCUGUGACUGACAGGAAGUCGUAAAUACUACAAAAUCUCAGAUAGUGCACAAAGAGAAAAGCCCUUGCGCAUCCUGGUAAUUGCUUUACUAGUCAAUACUUUUCUCACUCAUUCAGGAGGACAAUGUGAGACUGUAGGGCUGGAUUUUAAAUGAUGAGCGUUUUUUUCUGAAAAACAUUUUCUGACCUCCAGGGACUGAAGUGGCAGCAUCUGUGGAAUGUGUCGACUCUUUUGCCAGUAUACAGCUUUUCUUCUUCAAACAACUCACAGCUCUGAACAAAAACAGUAGGUGAACCUCUAACCCGGACAGCAGCUGAACACUGAGAAGACAAUGAAUGUCACAUACACACCUACAGCGACAACCACUUCCAUGAAUGAAACAUGUGUUAAAAUCGAAGACAGUCCUGUCAGCGACUUCCUGAUGGCUGUUUACAUCCUGGCUUUUAUCUUCGGCUUGACAUUCAAUGUGCUGACCCUGUACCCAAUAUGGCAGCAAGUAAGGCAGCAGAACGUUUUAGGGAUCUUUCUGCUCAGCCUGUCUAUAUCUGACUUGCUUUUCAUUUUCACCAUGCCCCUUUGGAUAAAUUAUUACCGAAUGGACCACAACUGGAGACUAGGUGUGACCUCCUGCAGUGUUGCAGGAUUCUUCUACUACUCUAACAUGUACAUCAGCAUCUAUCUCCUGUGUUGUAUCUCUGUGGACCGUAGCCUGGUGGUUUCUUACCCACUCCACUUCAAACACCACCGUACAUCUCGAUACGCAUGGAUCCAGUGUGCUACAGUUUAUGUUGCAGUUAUGACUAUGCACAUAGUCAUUCUGAUUUUCGACAACUUAAAAGAUGUCCAUGAUGACACAAACAACAAUGAUCGUUGUUAUGAGACUUACCCGAUGGAGAGUUCUGUGGCCCUGUUUAAUAUGAUCAGAAUGGGAUUCGGAUUCAUGCUCCCACUGCUCGUGUUAGGAGUGAGCUACUGGAGGGUGCUUGCCACUGUGGGAAAAAGUCCUGGCCUAAAUGUCCAUGCUAAGAGAAAGGUUCGUCUUCUGUCCUUUGGAGUAAUUGGUAUAUUCUCAGUUUGUUUUGCUCCUUAUCACAUCCUCCUCUUUGCACGCUCACUUGUCUUCUUCAACGUCAGUGACAGGACAGCCAAAGGAUAUUACUGUGAAUUCGAAAAUAACAUGCAUUUCACUUUUUCAUGCACGCUGGCACUGUCCAGUCUGAACUGUGUGGUGGAUCCAGUGCUGUAUGUUCUGGUCAGUGAUGGAGUAAAAGAUACAUGGAAACUGUGUUGGAGAAGGCCUGAACACAAAGGGACAGAGGACUGUAAGCUGACUUCAUAUAAUAGAGAAAAGCCUCAUGAUAGAGCUUUAAUCUAAAAAGUAAACUGACUGUGAUGUUUUUAUUUAUUUAUUUAUAUGUGUGUACAGUAUAUAUAAGCCUGUAUAACCAUAAAACUGGAACUUAAAACUUUGCACACUCCUGUCACAAUGUCGGGUUUUUGUGAUGUAAAGAAAUGAAAUCAUAACAAAUCUUUUCAAAACAUUCCAUAUUUAACGUGACAUACAAACCUUUACAAUUAAACUCAAAAAUGCACAAACCUAAAAGAGGGAAAAUGUGAGAAAAUUAAUUAACAUCAGUUAUCUAGUUGCAUAAGUCUGCACACCCUAAACUAGUUUCUGUUUUAGGCACCUUUUGUUCCAAUUUCAACAUUUAGUCCUCUUAUGUACACAUUUACCAUCAAUUACAGUACAUUUAAUUAACCUGAAAUAAAGUUCAGAUAUUGAUGGAAUGUUCCUGGCAGUUGUUCAUUUUGCUAAAGCCAUAGUUUGUAGAAAGCUUAAAAUAAACCAAAUUAUCUGAUUCUACUAAGGCAUCAGUCAGGAAGAGGACACAAAAAAUGUACAGCAUUAAUUUUAAACUAUGGCACAAUGAAUAGUCAUCAGUGAUUAAGGAAGAUAUGCAAUAAAUAAAAACUAUUGGACAUUUCUACAAAACAUUCUGAAAAGACAAGAAAUAAAGGCAUCAGAGAGCUUGUCAUGAGUCUGACAGUGACACUGAAGAAGCUACAUUUCUGGUAAGCACUUCCUCUAGUGUUUUUUUCCGUUUCUGAACUAUGCAGUAAGUUGGGCUGAAGAAUGUUUUAUGGUCUCAUGAAACCAGAUUUAAUAUAUUAUGCCAUUAUUAUUUCACCCAGGGCGUUCAGGUAUCUGUUAGAAAGCUGAAAAUGACAAGAAGCAUGCAUCCAAAAUCAACAGAAGAACAGCUUUACAUGAGGAAAAUUCAGGGUUUGGAAUGACUUAUCUGAGACCAGAACUAAAUUUAAGACAAACUCAGUUUGGUCAUCUGAUCAGGGGCUGUUGACAAAACAUGUCCUCACAAUCUGACAGAUUUUGAGAAACUUUACGAGAGAGAGGGGUCAAAUAUCGACAGGUCAAGAUGUGUCAAGACUUAAUGGUGUUAUUGAAUCAAAAGGUGCUUUAACAAUGUAUUAUUUGAGUUUACAUACGUAUGCAAACAGGUUACUGUGGCUUUUCUCAAGUUUUGUAUUUUUGCCUAAAGAAAUUUGUAUGUUUUUGGUGAUGGCGGAGGGGUUAAGCGUGCAACCCAUGUUCAGAAGCCUUAGUCCUGGCACGUUGAUGCUUGCCACAUGUCUUCCCCCUCUCUUCACCGUGUUUCCUGUUUAUAUAUAUAUAUCUCUAUAUAUAGAGAUAUAUAUAUAAAGACAUUUAUAUGUUUUCCAGUUGAACUGAAAAUGUUAAGCAAGAUACAUGUCACAUUAAGGAAUAAAGAAGUUUGAAAAUGUUUCUUCUUGAUUUCAUUUUUUAGUUCAAAGAAACCGGACAUUUUACCAGGGAUGUGUGAAUUUUUCAGAGCCACCGUUAAUGUGUAACUAGUUUUUAUAACUGAGUAUUAAUGCAUAAAAACAACAUAUUUACAGUCUAUAACUAGCCAUUUGUGUCUGAAAAACAAGAAAUGCUUAGGGACUCAAAAACCUGCAUAUGUCAGUUUUUGUCCUUCAGACUCUGCAGAGUAUAUAUAGAGGAAGAAGGCUGUACUUAGCUGUUUCUCACAGCUAAGUAAUUCCAUUGUAGUCUUAUGGUUUUAUUGCUCCUGAGACUUCUCUAAGAGGCAUAUACUGUUUAACUGUUGUUACAUGCUGUGCAUCGGCCUUUUUACUUUCUUGUAAUUCUGUGCAAUCUGGAUGUGUGUCCCUUAUAGUUCUUGAAGUGUUCAAAAAUCAAGCAUGCCAUUUCCAUUAACAAUUUGCAUCAAAACUCUAGAAACAUUAGAAACAAAAUAAACCUUUGGUUUGAACAAG